AUGCAGGUGAUUGACUUCGCCAAUGACGAUGCGACCUUAUUCGCGCAUACGAAGAAGAGGGGCCGAAAGCCUAAAAACUCCGGUCUGGCGCCACCACCUGCCGCUUCUGAACAUGCCGCGGCAGCUGCACCAUGCGCUGAUAGCUCCGACGGCGACACUGACGCUGACGAGUCUGACGAGUCUGACUCAGACGCUCCCCGUACUAAGCGCUGGACUAUGCCCGAUCAGCUGGCGUUCCUCACAGCCCGCUCCGACACCUACAUUGGACAUGUCCGCGACGAAACCACAGACGACUUUUGGCCCGAAAUCUAUGGUGAAUGGUUUGUGGAGUUUCCUGAACGUCCACGUGGCCUCCGCCAUCUCGAGCUGUCCAAGAUGAACGAGAAGCAGCGCCGCAUAUACCGCAAGGCUGUAGUGAAACGCAAGAAGCAACUGCAUACAUGGUUCCGUUGGCACACAAAGCCAGAGCUGACUGCCUCACGCGCCAUUCACAAGUCAUCCACUCUCCUCGACAACAUCAUCAUCCCUCGUACACGCGUUCAUACCAAUGUCGAGAUCUAUACUCGACUCUUCUACGACGACAGAGUUGGACCAAGCCUUCUGAAGGAUCCCGACUACCCUGGCCCCGCCGACAACAACCACCUCCAGUUUGUUCGAAAGCACGUGGCCGCGCUGCUAGAACGAGACAAGGACGACCCUCUUGUGAAGGAGAAGAUCGCAGGCCAUAGGGAGGCCGCGGCAGAGUUUAAAGCGAAGAAAGAAGCUGGGGAGCCGUUAGAGGACGAGUUGGAGCUCAUCACAACCCUAGCCAGGAAUAUGCCGGGAUCUAUCAAAGAGAUCCUGACACUUUCUUCACAGAAGAUUGCUGGCGGUCGGUCUACUGGCCUCUGCGCCUCUGUCAUCAUGGGUGUUCGCGACCCUAUGAGUGGUCGCAUGACUGUAGGCAGCAUCCACGUCGGUACCACGCCCGACAACAAGAGCUUUGGCCACGUCUCAGCGCUUUGGGAUCAGAUGGAGAAGGAAUAUGAUACGUGGGCAGAGACAGCGACGCCACCAAAGCCCCUGUUCAUUCAACAUGCCUCAACGAGUCGAGGUGGCGACAACAGUACCAAGAAGGGAGUGGGGAAGGCUGAAGGCGACAACGAGAGUGGGCGAGGUGGGGAAGAAGGCACAGUCCAGAGUGCCACUCUUUAUACUUUACCGACAGAUGAAUUCAGCGAUGAUGUUUCCGCAUCCGGAAAUGCUUCUGGCCCCCUCGAGCUCCCGAGCCGACCUCUGUCUUCACCCACCUUUCCCGAGCAUGGUGAUGCCCCUCUCGCGCUCCCGAGCCAACCUUCGACUUCCCCUCCUUUUCCCGAACAUGGAGACUGCAAUGUGUUGCUAGCACCCAUUUUGGGCUUUGUUGGCGAACAUAUGCCACUCAGAGAUGAAGCGGCCCAGCCUGCUAAUGACACUUCUAUGAUCCAAGGUAAACCCCAGCGAAUGGGUUUUGUCAUUCCACCCAAGGCUUACGCUAGCCACUCAGGGUCUACGGCUUCAGUCACCGGGUCUACCGGAUCAACGGACCCGUCAUUAGGCACAAUCGAAGACUUUGACUGGUCCUGGAUGGAGGGCAUUGACUGGUCCAGCGUCAGCCAAGAUGCCAAUCCCUUAUCCAGCAAUCAACCAUCGACGUCUCCACUGAAUACUCUAUGGACAGAACAGUCGCAUAUUCUGGCACAGCCAAACUCGACAACAUCUCUGGUUUCCGCGGUCUCAUCAAUUGCGACUUCGGAACCAUUAUUUCCACUCGGAGAAGGCUUGGCCUCUUAUCCACCAGCCAGUGCUGCGUACUCGCAAAUACCAUUCACACAUCCCGAAAUCUCUCCGUCGCAUGGGCAAACGGGCACUACAUACUCCGAGCUGCCGUUCGCACAUGGGGAAGCCUUCACGCCCUACUUGCAGACUGGUGAUCCUUACUCGCAGAUGAUGCAGACCCCCUUGAUCCACCAGCAGAACAUGUCACCUCUCCAAGACACAUCCAAUUUCAACUCGAACGCGCCAAAUUCCUACGGUUUACAGACCUCUCAAGCUCUCGGAUUCGGAUUCGAACCUGUCCUUGCACCCUAUCCCUCGUUUGAGGGCUUGCCUGUCCACGCUCCAUCCCCUGUCCUACCUCACCCCCAGCAUUCACCAGAUUCAACCGGAGUGUCGCAUUCAUCACCGCUAGGCUCGCUCAAUCCCUCUACGAUCCAUGUCUCCAUCACACAGGAGCCGCAGAUCCGCCAUUCCACUUCCCAAAUGCAGCACCUUGAGCCGGCUCACGAGACUUCGCGGGUCAACGACCCCAUUGAUCUGGCUGAUGCCUCAACAGCAGUCGACACGCGUGAGGGCAAUGACUCGAUCAACAUUCCCGAGGCAGAGGCCAUACUGGGCGGCUCCACUCGCACGCGGUCAGGGCGAACUUCCAAGCCUAGCCUCCGCCGUACCAAAGAUAACGAGAUUGGAGCCAAUGCUCGUCCGCCCCAGGAUGGCGAAAAUGUCAUGGGGAGUAAGCGCCGCGCCGGAGAAAAUCAACCUGGAGGAGCCAAGAAGUAUGAAGGUAAAAAGGGGCUGAUUUGA